AUGAUCAUGGCCGGACAACUGGCGGCAACGUUAGUGGCUUUCCGAGCAUUCAACGUUCUUGAACAUCAGCGAGGCGCACCUACCAAGGAUCCCAAGCUCCCCAGCAAACCGGGAGAUUGCGCCACAGAGGAGAGGUCCACCGCAACCGUCGAUAUCUCCGAUGCCGUGUGA